AUGCGGCUCUCUUCACUAACGGCCUGCGGCCCCGGCGCGGCAGCGGAGCUUGCCAGUAAGGUGCGUGCGCUCAAGGCGGAUGCUGUCGUCUGGUUCACCGAGUCCUCGCAGCCGGCGGAGCUCGCAGUCGCUCUCGCCGACUCUGCAGAGAGCGUCGUCGGAGCAGUCACGACGCAAGGCCUCAUCGGCGGCGGCGGAGAGCACAGCCGGUCGCUCGGCUCCGCGUCGAUGCCCGGAGUGCCGUACUCCUUUUCUCCGUCGCCCGAGGCGGAGCGGACAGUCGCGCUUGCCAUCUCCGGACUCAGCGGCGGCGCGAGCCUGCUCCCGUGGCACUCGCCGCCGGACGGCCUGCCCGAUCUCCCAGAGGCCUUUUGGACUGACCACGCUUCCUUACCUGCCACGAUCACGCUCUUCUCGUGCCACGAUCACGCGAAACUUCUGUUUCUCUCACGCGAAAAAACUCACGCCCCGCUGCUCCCCGCUCCGCGCCCUCGAUGCACCGAUGCACGAUGGCGGGUCGGGCGUCGGCGCCGCGUCGUUGUGAUAAACUAA